CCGGUGAAAUAUCCAAAAUCUGUGGGUUUUAUCAUCAGCAAUGAGUUUUGUGAACGUUUCAAUUAUUAUGGCAUGAGAACCAUUUUGGUUCUCUAUCUCACCAGUAAAUUGCAUUAUGACAAAGAUACUUCAAGUUUGUUUCAUGUCUUCACCAUGUUGGUGUAUUUGUGCCCCCUGGUGGGUGCCAUUGUUGCUGACAGUUGGCUGGGUAAAUUUAAGACGAUCCUAUAUUUGUCUAUAGUUUAUGCGAUUGGUGGCAUAAUUGUGGCCUUGGGUGCAGUGCCAUCACUUAAUCUACCGGUGCAACCGGCAACAAUACUGGGUCUGGUUCUCAUAGCCAUUGGAACGGGAGGCAUAAAGCCGUGUGUUUCAGCUUUUGGUGGUGAUCAAUUCAAAUUGCCCGAACAAGCCAAACAAUUGGCCACUUUCUUUUCGCUUUUCUAUUUUGCCAUUAAUGCCGGUUCGAUGAUUUCUACCUCCGUUACACCCAUUCUACGUGAAGAUGUUCAUUGUUUUGGCGAUAAAGACUGUUUCUCCUUGGCCUUCGGUGUGCCUGCCGUAUUAAUGUUGCUCUCGGUUGUGAUUUUUAUAGCCGGCAAAAAGCUUUAUGUAAUGAAACCUCCUGCCGGUAAUAUGAUUUUUGGUGUUUCUCAGUGUAUUUCCCAUGCCAUUGGGGGAUGGAGAAGAGAACGUAAGACAAGUCCACGUAAACAUUGGUUGGAUUAUGCUGAACCUAAAGUGGGACAAAAAAUGGUUUCCGAUACUAAGACUUUAUUAAAGAUUUUGGUACUAUUCUUGCCUUUCCCCGUAUUCUGGGCUCUUUUCGAUCAACAAGGUUCUCGUUGGACUUUCCAGGCAACACGUAUGGAUGGUGAAUUAUGGGGUUUCACCAUUAAACCCGAUCAAAUGCAGGUCAUUAAUCCUUUAUUGAUUUUGGGCUUUAUACCCAUCUUUGAUUAUGUUAUAUAUCCUCUAUUGGCCAUGAUUGGCAUAAAAAGGCCAUUACAAAAAUUAACCUUGGGUGGUUUAUUGGCAGCUGGCGCCUUUAUACUCUCCGCCUUUGUAGAACUUAAAUUAGAAGCUUUAGAACCUGUUUUACCCACGGGCAUGAGCUCACAAUUGAGAAUUUAUAAUGGCAUGCCUUGUCAUUAUAGUUUUAAUACCGAACUACCUCUUGGCGAUAUGAAAACAGAUAUGCAUUUACCUUCAUUGGGUUUAUGGCAGGAACAGCAGGUUAUGGCUCCUCUGAUGAUGGCCUAUAAGUUUGAAGCUACGGCCGUAGACUCUAAUUGUCCAAGUGUUGCGGGUAAUAUUAAUGUGGUGCCUGGAAAGGCAGUCAGUUAUUUCAUAGCCAACGAUCGUAUGCAUGAAUUUGAAGAUAACCCGGAAAAGCAAUUGGGAAAUCCCAUUGUCAGAGUUUUGCUUAAUAUACCCGCUAGUGAGGGUAAUUUUACUUUGGAGGAUUCUAGUAGUCUUAAAACUUCCCUGACUUCAUAUAAUACUUCUCAAGCCAUUACCGUUGCUAGAGGCAAUGUGAUUUUAUCUUUAAAUGGCAUACCAUUGACAAAUGUUACAGCCAGAGCUGGAGGUGUUUAUGUCUUGAUGCUGAAUGGAAAUAAUAAGGAGGGAUUUAACUAUCAAACCCUUGUGGUAACCGAACCCAAUUCCGUACAUAUGAUGUGGCAGUUGCCUCAAAAUGUCAUAACAGCAGCUGAGAAGUUCUCCAUCACCGGUCUAGAGUUCUCCUUUACACAAGCACCUCAGUCAAUGAAAUCGGUAUUGCAAGCAUGCUGGGUACUUUCAGUCGCUAUAGGCAACAUGUUGGUGGUGGUUAUAGCCGAAUUAAAAUUCUUUGAAUCUCAGGUUAAUACUAGCAAACAUUAA